UCCCAUCCCUUUCCAAUACCCAUCCCCACUUUUUAUUUUCUUCUUCUGCCAUUACCACCAUCAACAUCAACAAAUCAUGUGCAGCUCCAAGGCUAAGGUGACCACUGCCAUCAAUAUCACCACCACCACCACCAUAGGUGCUCAAAUCGGUGGAAGACCAGUCCUCCAACCCACUUGUAAUCGCAUCCAUCAUUUGGAAGCCCGUAAUUCCCUCCAAAAAAAGGGUCCUCCACCACCACCACCACCUCCACCAAUCUCAAACAUUACAACUUGUCGGACCAAACACUCCACUCCAGUCCCAUCUCCUCCAUUGAGAUCUCCGCGGCCACAAGCCAUCAAGAGAGGGAAUGAUGUGAAUGGCUUGAAUACCAGUUCCGAGAAGGUUACAACUCCGAGGACAAAUUUAACCACCACCACCACCAAAAUAUCUACUUUGGAGAGGAAGAAGUCGAAGAAAACGAAUGCCGGCAUUGCUGCUGCAGGUGCGUGUGAUGAAGUGCCGGCGGCAUCUACUGUUCCUUCGUUGUCGAGAUCAUAUUCUUCCUCUUCCAUAAUUGACGCUCCCGGAAGUAUUGCAGCUGUGAGAAGAGAACAGAUGGCACUUCUGCAAGCACAAAGGAAGAUGAAAAUUGCCCAUUAUGGACGCUCCAAAUCUGCAAAGUUUGAAGCAAAAGUUGUUCCCUGCACUACUGCUGAUGAUUCUUCAUCUACCACUACAAUCAUCAAUGGUGCCCAACAGAAAAGAUGCAGCUUUAUCACACCCAACUCCGAUCCUAUCUAUGUUGCUUACCAUGAUGAAGAAUGGGGAGUUCCAGUCCAUGAAGACAACAUGCUGUUUGAAUUGCUGGUUCUAAGUGGGGCUCAAGUUGGAUCAGAUUGGACAUCAAUCUUAAAGAAACGUCAAGAAUUCAGGAAUGCAUUUUCGGGAUUUGACCCAGAAAGUGUUGCCAAAUUCAACGAAAAAAAGAUAUUAUCAGUCAGUUCGAAUUAUGGAAUUGAAUUAAGCAAAGUUCGAGGGAUCGUUGACAACUCUAACAGAAUUCUUGAGGUGAUGAAGGAAUUCGGAUCAUUUGAAAGAUAUAUAUGGGGAUUUGUGAAUCACAAGCCCAUCUCCACAAAUUACGGAUCAUGCCAGAAGAUCCCAGUGAAGACAUCAAAAUCAGAGAGCAUAAGCAAAGACAUGGUGAGAAGGGGGUUCAGGUUUGUUGGUCCCACCAUAGUUCACUCCUUCAUGCAGGCCUCUGGACUCACCAAUGACCACCUCAUCAACUGUCACAGGCAUUUUCUAUCAACAGAUUAAAAAUUACCCAACACCCAACAUGUUCUUGGCCUUAUUUUCUAAUUAAUUACUUUUUCAAAAACCUUUGAUUCAUGUACAAAACAGAAACGAUAACAACAAAAAAACAUGGGACUUGUGAGAUGCUGUGAGAUUUUUUUUUUUUUUUUUUUU